CUCGGCCGCCGGAUACUUUGUAUCACUCUCGGUGACGUCACCCGGAGGGGGCGUGGCCGGGUAUAUAUAGGCUGUACCUGGCUCAGGUGUGAUCAGUAUCGGGAAGAGACAAUGGCUAAUUCUGGGCUGCAGAUCCUGGGCUUCCUGAUGGCCCUGCUGGGCUGGAUCGGGCUGAUCGCCGCCACCAUUAUGCCGCAGUGGAGGAUGUCCUCGUACGCCGGGGACUCCAUCAUCACCGCCAUAGCCAUCUACCAGGGGCUGUGGAUGUCGUGCGCCACCCAGAGUACGGGGCAGAUACAGUGCAAGGUGUAUGACUCUAUACUCAACCUGGACGCUGCUCUUCAGGCAACACGAGCACUCAUGGUUGUGUCUCUUGUGGUUGGAAUCUUUGGCAUUGCUAUUGCCUCUAUGGGUAUGAAGUGCACCAAGUGUGGAGGAGAUGACCCCGUAAGGAAGGCACGGAUUGCCAUGACCGGAGGCUUCGUCUUCCUGAUUGCCGGUUUGGCGGCCCUCAUUGCUUGCUCCUGGUACGGUAACCAGAUCAUCCGGGAUUUCUACAACCCACUUACACCAAUCAACACAAAGUAUGAGUUUGGUGCCGGUGUGUUUCUCGGUUGGGCUGGCUCUCUCCUGGUCAUCAUUGGCGGUUCGCUUUUGUGCUGCUCAUGUCCUCGCAAAAACAGUUCCUAUGCCAAAGGUUACCCCAAGAGUGGUGGAGCAAGAACCAAAACCAAAGCUGCCUCCAGCGGUGGCAAGGACUACGUCUGAUCAUGUGGCCUGUCCAUCUUGAGGUUCUGUUAUCCAUCGCACUUUGAUGUAAAUCUGAGCGGACAGCACAGGUGGCCCCAUGGUCAUAACAUCUGGUUCUGGGGAAGAACUUUACCCACAUGGGGUCUGGUGAGCCGGGCACAGAGGUGGCGACUGCUCUACAAGAACUGGUUUUUCCUCCUGUCAAAUUUUAUUUUUAAAAUAUUAUUUUUUUUUUCCAGUUUAACUUUAUUGUGUAAUGUGGGUGGGGGCAGAU